AUGAAAUGAGGUCGCCUUCCCAGCAGCAGUGAGGAUUCUGACGACAAUGGCAGCCUGUCAACUACAUGGUCCCAGAACUCUCGAUCCCAGCACAGGAGAAGUUCCUGCUCCAGACAUGAAGACCGGAAGCCUUCAGAGGUGUUUAGGACAGACCUGAUCACCGCCAUGAAGUUGCAUGACUCCUACCAGCUGAACCCGGACGAGUACUAUGUGUUGGCAGAUCCCUGGAGACAGGAAUGGGAGAAAGGGGUCCAGGUGCCUGUGAGCCCGGGGACCAUCCCGCAGCCUGUGGCCAGGGUUGUGUCCGAAGAGAAAUCCUUCAUGUUCAUCAGGCCCAAGAAGUACAUAGUGACCUCGGGCUCUGAGCCUCCAGACUUGGGCUACGUGGACAUCCAGAUGCUGGCCGACAGCGUGUGUCGAUAUGACCUGAACGACAUGGAUGCCAUGUGGCUGGAGCUGACCAACGAGGAGUUCAAGGAGAUGGGAAUGCCUGAACUGGACGAGUUCACCAUGGAAAGGGUCCUGGAGGAAUUUGAGCAGCGAUGCUAUGACAGUAUGAAUCAUGCCAUCGAGACUGAGGAAGGCCUGGGGAUUGAGUACGAUGAAGACGUGGUCUGUGACGUCUGCCAGUCCCCCGAUGGUGAGGACGGCAACGAGAUGGUGUUCUGCGACAAGUGCAACAUCUGUGUGCACCAGGCCUGCUAUGGAAUCCUCAAGGUGCCAGAGGGCAGUUGGCUAUGCCAGACCUGUGCCCUGGGAGUCCAGCCAAAAUGUUUGCUGUGUCCCAAGAAGGGCGGUGCUAUGAAGCCCACCCUCAGCAGAACCAAGUGGGUCCAUGUCAGCUGUGCCCUGUGGAUCCCUGAGGUGAGCAUUGGCAGCCCAGAGAAGAUGGAGCCCAUCACAAAGGUGUCUCACAUCCCCAGCAGCCGGUGGGCGCUCGUGUGCAGCCUCUGCAACGAGAAGUUCGGGGCCUCCAUACAGUGCUCCGUGAAGAACUGCCGCACGGCCUUCCAUGUGACCUGUGCUUUUGACCGGGGCUUGGAAAUGAAGACUAUCUUGGCAGAGAAUGAUGAAGUCAAGUUCAAGUCCUACUGCCCAAAGCACAGCUCCCACCGGAAGUCUGAGGAGAGCCUUGGCGAGGGCGCCGCGCAGGAGAACCGGGCCCCCGAGUGCUCCCCCCUGAAUCCGCUGGAGCCCUUUGCCAGUCUGGAGCAGAACCGGGAGGAAGCCCACCGGGUGAGCGUCCGCAAGCAGAAGCUGCAGCAGCUGGAGGAUGGGUUCUACACCUUCGUCAACCUGCUGGACGUGGCCCGAGCCCUGAGGCUGCCUGAGGAAGUGGUGGACUUCCUGUACCAAUACUGGAAGCUCAAGAGGAAGGUCAACUUCAACAAGCCUCUGAUCACCCCAAAGAAAGACGAAGAGGACAAUCUAGCCAAGCGGGAGCAGGAUGUCUUGUUUAGGAGGCUGCAGCUGUUCACGCACCUGCGGCAGGACCUGGAGAGGGUUCAGAACUUCACUUACAUGGUGACCCGCAGGGAAAAGAUCAAGCGAUCUGUGUGCAGAGUCCAGGAACAGAUGUUCAGUCUGUACACUAAGCUCUUGGAGCAAGAAAGAGUUUCAGGUGUGCCUUCUUCUUCCUGCUCCUCCUCCUCACUGGAACACAUGCUUCUGUUUAAUAGUCCUUCUGUGGGUCCCGACGCUCCCAAGAUAGAGGACUUGAAAUGGCAUUCUGCGUUCUUCAGGAAACAAAUGGGUACUUCCUUGGUUCAUUCCCUGAAAAAGCCCCAUAACCGAGACCUGUUGCAGAACAGCAGUGGGGGCGAGGGCAAGGCCCUGCCCCGGCAGCCAGAGCUGUGCGGCGUGAGGGAGGGGCUGGGGGUCCCAGAGAGCUUUCUGAGUUUUGACACCUUUGCAGAAGCACGUCUUAUAUCAGCACAACAGAAAAAUGGUGUGGUGACAGCAGACCACGGGAAAAGAGACAAUUUUUUUCAUUGUGAUCUCAUUAAAGGAGACUUGAAGGACAGACCUUUUAAACAGAGUCACAAGCCUCUCAGGUCCACAGAUGUGUCCCAGAGGCAUCUGGACAACACGAGAGCCGCCCCCUCCCCGGGAGUGGGGCAGUCAGCGCCUGGAGCCAGGAGGGACAUGGUGCCCAGGUGCAAUGGCUCCCUAGUCAGAGUGACCUGUAGUCAGACCACAGUCCAAGUGCCUACAACACCUGCCAGCCCAGGGAAAGACUGGGGGGGGGGGGUCCAGAUUCCAAAGAAGGGGGAGCCGCAGCAGCAGGGAGAGGCCCCCGAGGGCACCUGCCACCAGCACUCAGACUACCCCUACCUGGGCCUAGGCCGAGCUCCAGCCAAGGAACGCACAAAAAGCAAAUUAAAACCUGACAGUGAGAAUGACGGGUAUGUCCCCGAUGCAGAAAUGAGUGACUCGGAGAGUGAGGCCUCGGAGAAGAAGUGUGUCCAUGCCAGCAGCACCAUCAGCAGGAGGACAGACAUCAUCAGGAGGAGCAUCCUGGCCUCCUGACCCCUGGCCUGUCGCCAUGUGCCGGGGAGGUCUGGUGGCGGGGACAAGCAGAAGCCCUUUAUUCCUUAGCUACACAAACACAUUUUUACAAUUCAGACUGAAUUUUUUUCCAGAGUCAUUUAUAAAUCAUCGUUGUGAGAAGAUUGUGUUAUUUGCAGCUUGUUGAGGAGACAGAAGAGUAGAUUGUAACCAUAGGACAUGGUAGAUUAGCACCUGAAUUACACCCUACACAGGAUGAGUGGAGUCAGUGUGGACGAGGGCAAGGCUUACCCACGCCUCGUGGAUGUCUGUUGCUCUCUGCAUUCUUCCCAAAGCACAAACUCCUGGUUCCCCGAGUAUACAGAAUCAGAUAGAACUCUAAUGAAUUAAUACAUUUAUAGAAACCAAUUGUAGCCCACAGAGCUCUUUUCUAGGACUGUGGUCAGCCUUGAAAUGGUGUGGCCCACGAGGCAGUUCUGCUACAUAGACAGAGGCAGCAGCUCUGACCCUGAGCGACACUAGGAGACUCCUGUAACCCAGCAGCCAGGGAAGAGAGAAUUUAUAAAAGGUCAUUACUGGAGUCACUGUAGGAUGGGGAGAGCUGCUGCGCCUGGAGAGGCCUCGCUCCUGAAGCCUGUGAGUGGAUGUGGGAUGCAGGACUGGCAGAGAGUGAAGCCACCUAGAAAGUUCUCUGUCUGAGAAAGGGCAGCUGGAGUCCCACUUUCACCAGUCCUUCUGACCUUCCUCUUCCUUAACCACUGGCUCUUGGGCCAGCUUAGGUUUCCCCUGGCCAUUGCCAGGACCUGGCCACCUGGCUAUUCAAUUCAAGUGACGAACUUCAGACUCUGGUGACUGGUACUUCCCAGAGCCCACCACUAGUGCAUAUGUUGGGGAUCUGGGCUUCCAGCAUGAACGGAUUCCUUAAUAAAAAGGGAAAAAAAGAAAAAAAAAGAAUAAAGUGAAAUAGGUUAUAUUUUAAAAACAAUAGAAAGGCAAUAACUUGUGAUAAGCUCUUACCAUUGACCGAGGCUGAACAGGAAGGAGACUGAGGUGUGCCCUGCGCAGGUUUCCUGGAGUCAGAGCUCUGCACUCUCAUUUGUAACUUGGACUUUCUAAUUGCAAAUGGCAAUAACUAGUAAGUUAUCAGCAAUAAUUUAGCAUUCAAUUUGAGUACAAUAUUCUGUUUUUGUACUCGCUGGAGUGUGUGUAUUAAGACGGUGGAUAGUGUUAAGGUACUGUUAAUUUUCUUUGGAAUCCAAUGUAGUUGUGAAUCAAACUUAUGAGAAGGAAAGUUUAAAUAGUAAUGAGAUUUAGAAUU